GAAGGAGCUACCCGUAUCGACGCUCCAUAUAUUUUUUUCCCUCAAAGUGAUUUUGAGCCAUUGUUUGCUACAUCGAGGUAAUAAAAAUGCAGUCUUGGUUGAACGGCUUUGUCAAAGUUUCUAUCCUCUUGGCGAUCAUCUGCUGUGCUUCCGCCUCGAUGGAGGACGAGUCACACAGCUUGGUCAUGCCCAACAAUUUCUACGGACGUGAUUUGGAUAACGAUUUGCUUGUGAAACUUUUGCUGACGAUGCCCCAGCGCCUCUGUCACCCCAAGAGGAACUCGGAUAUCAUCAAUUCGCUGCUCGGUUUGCCAAAGAACAUGAACAACGCCGGAAAGUAGAUUAAUAAGCAUAGAUAAAAAUUGCGUAACCGAUUCAACAUUACCCAAUGGUAUUUUUCAGUUGUGCUUAUCAUGAUGUACAUUUAUGUUUAUAAUAACAAUGUUUAUAGUGAAAUGUUUAAUGAAAACUUGCUGCUGUGCGUAAUCGACAAUAAAUUUUUAUUGCGAAUCAUGGAAAAAUUUAUAACACUGCUUAACGGCUACACAAAAAAUAAUUUGGUUGUUCCUUGGGGAAAAUUUUUACAAGCUGUAUAUCUCUAUGUUGUUUGUUUAACAUGAAUAAAGAGCAAAAAAUACUUAGAAAAAAUGUGGAAU